ACAACGAGGGAAGAGGCCAGCCAGAGGGAGAAAAAUUAAAGAAAAAAAAAAAAGAAAAGAAAAGAAAAAGAAAAAGAAAAGGAAGAAACAAAAUCCACAGGUUCAAUUGAUUUGAUCAAAUUCUUUGUUCUUAAGCAGUCAUAUUGCCUGCCGAACACCAUAUGCCGAUUGCCGCCGGAAUCCGGUGACAAUUUCACCAGAAGAACCAAAAAGCUGUAUCCUCUAGUCUUAACCACGCGAUCUACUCAGAUUUCCGGCUGACAGGCAUCCUUCCCUGCGGUAUUUUCUUUUGUCUAGUCUUGAUAAUUCCAUCGCUAUUUAAUUCAAUUUAUUCAUCUGUCUAUUGCUUGCCAAUUCGUUUUCUCAAGAACGUCAUAGCUCUCUCCUUCUUUUCGCUAUCUGUGUUUCUCUUUAUCCGUUGCCGAAAUCUCUGCACCUUGCCUGAAUCCGAUAUUCCUCUGGGCAAGCGUCUUGUUUAUUACCCGAUUUGGAUAUCUUUCGCAACCUUUUAAUUUUUUUUUUCGACCUAUACAUUUCUCCGGUUAUCAAUGGAUUCGGCUUAGAUCCAACUAUGGAUCGGUUUAUCUAUUCUAGUAUGUACUGAGCAAGAAUUGAUGAACGAUUCAAUUAUGGGGCCAAAGCUUUAAUCAGAUAGACAACUACAGAGAUAAACAUGGUGAGCCAAGGCCGCGCUUAAUUUUCUUGUUCUUGGGAUUGCAAUGAAGUGGAGUCGCAGUGCUGUGGCAAAAUGGGAGAUGAGGAGGAGUCGGCCGUGUGAUCAUUCGGUUUUAUGGUUGAGAUGAGAAUCUUCACCAGGAAAGGUUCUAUAGAUUGGUUAACAUGCUUCUAGAAACUGAUAGUUCGAAGAAACAGUUCAAUCUUCCGCAUUUGGUCGAGUCUGCCUCGGAUAAUUUUCGAAGAAAGAAGAAAACAAGAAGAAACCGUUAUGAAGACGAGAUCCAGCGGAGAAGAUGGUUAUGAUGAUUCCAAACGCUUCACCCGUGAGAGAUCAUAUGAUUCCCUUCUCCCUGGUCUACAUGUUGACAUUGCUCUGACCUGCCUUGCUCGAGUUCGCCGAUCAGACCAUGCUUCUCUAGCUUGCCUUAACAGGAAAUUUAAUUCUUUGAUAUCAAGCGGCGACUUGUUUGGAUUACGAAAGCAAUUAGGUAUCAUUGAGCACCAGGUAUACCUCGUCUGUGACCCAAGAGGAUGGGAAGCUUUCGAUCCCGUGAGAAAGAAAUGGAGGAGGUUACCCAAGAUCCCCUGCGAUGAAUGUUUCAAUCAUGCCGAUAAGGAAUCGUUAGCUGUGGGCAGUGAGUUGCUUGUUUUUGGCCGAGAAUUAUUGGAUUUUGCUACUUGGAGGUACAGUUUAGUUCAUGGGAAUUGGGUCAAGUGCCAGGGACUGAACCUCCCAAGAUGCUUGUUCGGUUCAAGUAGCUCUGGUUCAAUUGCCAUUGUUGCAGGGGGCAGUGAUAAGAAUGGGACGGUCUUGAAAUCUGCAGAACUUUAUGAUUCGAAGUUAGGUAGAUGGGAGCUGUUGCCUAAUAUGAACUCUCCCCGUAAGCUGUGCUCUGGCUUUUUCAUGGAUGGAAAGUUUUACGUGAUUGGUGGGAUAUCAAGUCCCAAUGUAUCACUCACUUGUGGAGAGGAGUAUAAUCUUCAAACAAGGAAAUGGAGGAAGAUUGAGGGUAUGUACCCUAAUGUCAAUAAUGCAUCUCAGGCACCUCCACUUGUCGCAGUAGUGGAUAACCAACUCUAUGCAGUCGAGCACUCAACCAACAUGGUGAAGAAAUAUGACAAGGAGAAGAACACUUGGUCUGUGUUGGGACGACUCCCCCUCAGAGCUGACUCUUCUAAUGGCUGGGGCCUAGCUUUCAAGGCCUAUGGGGAGGAACUGCUAGUUGUAGGAGGGCAGAGAAGCCGAGAAGGAGAAGGAAUUGUGUUAAGCUCUUGGUGUCCAAGGUCGGGUGUCAAAAAUGGGUUACUGGAUUGGAAGAUGCUUGAUAUAAAGGAGCAUGUUGGUCUGUUUGUCUACAACUGUGCUGUCAUGGGUUGUUGAAACUCACAUCUGCAACCUAGCAGGCGUAAUGGUGUUGCUCUGUCAUCUUUUAUCUCAUUGACCAGAAUUACUGACUGUUUUGACAGUCUAUUUGUUCUUUUUUUUUUUUCCUUUUAACAAUUUCUGUAUUUGGAUAUGGUUCUCAAUGACUGAUUUGGCAUUCUCGUGCCUUUCAGGAGAUCACUACCAGGCAAGGAUGCUCUGAUAACAUCCAAGCUUCUGCCUUGUCUCUGAGACUUUGUUUCUGAUCCACAUACAUUCUCUUUGCCAAAAACAUGAAAAGCACUAUUGUUUUAGUGUUGUGGUGUUUGUCACUAAAAAUGCAUGGUCAUCCAUGAAAAGAAAAGAAAAGUAAAAACAAUGCACGGUUGUGAUUCAAAGAGCA